AUGAUUCUGAUUGAGAUGCCUAGGAUGCAAGCUUUGAGCCUCGCCAACCGAGAGAAAAUGCAUAUGACGUGGAACGGGUCUUGGCUAUCUCGGCCAAAUGAAGGCAUGUUGGUCACUUCAAGAGUCAAGCGUUGGGCGAGCGAUGAUGAUGGGAUUGUGCUGCCUACUAUUAUCAUUCCCGUAGUAAUUGUCUUUGUAUUUGUUCCAUUGUCCAUUGUGAUGUACCGAUCCUGGAAAUGGGAAAGGGCCAAUGGAAUAAAUAGCAAACGGACUCAGGCUAUAGAGGAAGGAGUUGGAGGAUUCGAAAAGGCUGAACUGUCAAGUGGAUCUUCAGUAGUGAUAAACGAGAUGGACAACUCAAGUGAAGCUCAAGAAUUGCCUGAUAGGAAGGAUGGGUUACCCCAUGAGGUGCUUGGUGCUACAGCGUUACCGCAAGAGCUUCCAGCUGAACUGCUUGAGAUGCCCGCUGAGGUGAUUUCAGGCUUCCGUUCCCAUGGCCUACAUUACAACUAG